AUGUAUCGUCAUAAUCUUUUAAAGAAACGAAAAGUAGCUGAAAGUGAAGCUGCAUGCAACAGUGCGGUUGUACCCGGAACACAUGAUGAGAAUUUGACACAUAAUGCAAUCGGUAUGGAAAAUGAAAAUAACGUUCAAAAUACUUUCGAAAUUGAAGAGCGAAUCACAGAAGAGAACAGCGAAGAGAGCAUGGAAGAAAAUGAAGAAAAUAUCGAAGAUAAUAUCGAAGUGAAUAGCGUAGGCGAAGAAGAAUCAAUCGAAGAUGAUGAUAUUUAUAAUAUAAGUAAUCGUUCGUAUGAUUUAUCCGAAAAUGAAAUGCAAAACGAAAAUGAAGAAUGUCUAUAUCUUGCCGAAGAACAAUUACUUUUAAAUGAAAGUAAUGUGGUGUACUAUUAUCCUCAAAACAUUCUUGUCCAUCAUCUGUCGAAGAAGGCAUAUCUUUCUGUGAUAGAUUUGACGCAAGAGCCAUAG